AUGGCGGCCUCGUGGGGAAGGUUACUGACUAGAAGGGUAAUCGGCGCUGCAGCCGCCUCCAUUUCACGUUCUGUCAUCCCUGGAGCAAGUACAGGCCGCGCUGUCCUCUGUGCUAAUCCAAAGUUUCAUUUCAGCACCAGUUCCUCACGGCUCUUCCCCUCCGUAACACAGCUUGCUCCACAGUUCAAAGGGACAGCUGUUGUCAAUGGAGAGUUCAAGGAUUUAGGUCUGGAUGACUUCAAGGGGAAGUAUCUGGUGCUGUUCUUUUACCCAUUGGACUUCACCUUUGUCUGUCCCACCGAGAUUGUGGCUUUCAGUGACAAAGCCAAUGAAUUCCACGAUGUUAACUGUGAAGUAGUGGCCGUGUCUGUGGAUUCUCAUUUCUGCCACCUGGCCUGGAUAAAUACUCCUAGAAAGAGUGGAGGACUCGGACACAUGAAUAUUCCACUGCUCUCUGACCUAACAAAGCGGAUAUCCCGUGACUACGGUGUCCUACUGGAAAACCCCGGCAUAGCUCUAAGGGGUCUUUUCAUCAUUGAUCCUAAUGGAAUAGUGCGACACAUAAGUGUGAACGAUCUGCCAGUUGGCAGAAGUGUGGAGGAGACUCUGAGGUUGGUGAAAGCCUUUCAGUAUGUGGAGACACACGGGGAGGUGUGCCCAGCCAAUUGGACUCCCCACUCUCCUACAAUUAAGCCUAAUCCAGAAGGAUCAAAGGAAUACUUUAAGAAAGUCAACUGA